CGGAGAUACAUAAAUUCCCAUCCAAAUUAUUUAUCAUACACUUCCCUCGCGCACCUUAUUCUCAUACACUUGUCCUAGCUACACACAACUCGCACAAUGGCACCGUUCACUGUCAAUUGGGGUAUCAUUUCCACCGGAGGCAUCUCCACUACCUUCGCCCACGACCUUCUCGUCGACCCGGCCUCCCGUAAUACUAAGGAUGUAAACCACAAAAUUGCUGCUGUCGGCUCCCGCUCCGUUCAAUCCGCUCAAGCAUUCAUUGACAAGCUCAAGGAAAGCUCCGAGGGGAAACCAUGGGCUUGGGGAGUGAAGAAUGGCGUUCUCGACGGUGUCAAGCCGAGGGGUACUUACGAGGAAGUCUACAAUGAUCCUGAUGUCACAGCCAUCUACGUAGGCACUCCCCACGUUCUCCACCAUCGUAACGCGAAAGACGCUCUACUGGCUGGUAAACACGUCCUCCUCGAGAAGCCUGCUUGUCUCGAAGUCGAAGAGUUAGACGAGUUGAUCAUGAUUGCAAAGGAGAAGAAGCUUUUCUUCAUGGAAGCUGUGUGGACGCGGUUCCAGCCCAUCGCUUACGCCGUUGAAGAAGUGAUCAAGUCCGGUAUUCUCGGUAAACCCAGACGUUUUUCUGCCGAUUUCUCCAUGGACUGGAACUUGGACGCCGACUCUGGCCGUAUGGCCAACCCAGCUCUCGGCGGCGGCUCGCUCCUCGACAUGUCCGCCUACCCCUCUGUCUGGGCCAUGCUCCUCGUCCACCGCAACCCUUUCAACACCGAUAAGGACCCCAAGGUGCUCUUGACCCAUCAAACUAUUUACCCUCGCACUGGAGUGGACAUCAACUCGAGGUGGUUGGUGGAAUGGAAGGGGCUUUGCCAAGGAAUGCUGAUGACGGAUUUGGAUAAUGCGGGACAGAAGGAUUCGACCGCGGUUUUGCAGUGCGAGGAAGGGGAUUUGGUUAUUGCCUACCCCCCUUACCAACCCGAGACAUUCUACAUCCACCCCCGUCCCUCCCGCUUCCCCGGUACCAUCACCUCUUCCACCACUCAUUAUCACCCCCUCCACGACGGGAACAAUGGAAUGUCAUACGAAGCAGAUGAGGUUGCGAGGUGUAUCAGGGAUGGGAAGAUUGAGAGUGAGAGGAUGCCAUGGGAAGAGAGCAGGGUGGUGCAGGGGUGGGUUGAUAAGGUGAGGAAGGAAGGGCCGACCGAGACUGCCAAGUUGGUGGGGACUGCUGGGCAAUAGAGUAGGAAGCGGCAAGUGACAAGUGACGAAGGUCCUUGUGAGAUAGAUCAAAAGUAGAGGGCGAAAACGAAUAUGCAGACAUCAAUGUUUACUGCCCUUCAUCUAGGCUGUGUAUAUGUU